UGCAACUUUAACUUCCGGCAAAAUUCAGACUUGAGAGAAAAAGAGGGAAAGAGAGUGGACUUUAGUACUACCCAAUAGAUUUAUUUUUCAUGUUUUAACAACCAGUAAUCAGUAACCAGUAACCUGCAGUAACCAGUAAUAAACGUGCUGACCUGACUAGUGCUGACUUUAGUGUUGUACUCUACCACCAUCGGCUAUCGGCACCAUCAUCCCAUCAUCAUCAUCGUCGUCAUCAUAAUCAUAAUAGCUGAUAGCUGAAGCUAACCAACCAACCAACCAACUCAAAAGCUAAAUUUAAUACAACACUGUUAAAUAUUAUUUUUAAAUAUAUUUAAAUCGACUUUCCUUUUUUAAAUUACAAUACUAUUUGUAAUUGCAAUUUGCAGUCGUAUAACUACGUGAGAUCUAUUUUGUUUGUCGUAUGUCCAUCCAGAAUCUUAACACAUUCGACCCCUUUGCAGAUGCAAUCAAGGGUUCAGAUGAUGAUGUCCAAGACGGUCUCGUGCAUAUAAGAAUCCAACAACGAAAUGGUCGUAAGACCUUAACAACAGUACAAGGACUGUCUUCGGAAUAUGACUUGAAAAAAAUCGUACGAGCAUGUAAAAAGGAGUUUGCGUGCAAUGGGACUGUAAUAGAGCACCCAGAGUACGGGGAGGUGCUCCAAUUGCAGGGUGAUCAACGUGAAAAUAUAUGCCAGUGGUUAACUAAAGCAGGUUUGGCAAAGCCUGACCAGCUCAAGGUUCACGGUUUCUAAGUAUUUAAUAAUUACAACAACAACAACAACAGCAACAUCAACAACAGAAGCAGACCAACUCCAUGUCACCAUUUAGAAAAAACUUUCAAUUUCAUUAGCACCAUCCAAUAAUAAUCACUUAAAAUUAUCUGUAUCAUUUAAUUAUAUUACUUGUUGAUACUUGUUGGUCUGUUAUGAUCAAUUAUACGCAUAUAAUAAAUAUAUAUUUAAAUAUA